GAUUAUUUGCAAUGAUAUAAUAGAGGAAUGAGAGCUUGUCUCAAAGAUUUCAGAGCAGACCCUCUACCAAUCAGCAACAACUCAAACUGUAGUCCUAAGGGUGGGAGGGUAUCCUUGAGCUGUUUCCUGUAUCCAUGGCGAUAGGAAUCGCUCUCCAAUCACGUCUCUGUAUACUGUGUUAGGGAAGUGGACGGUUUCCUGCUGUUUUCACAGGCUUCCUCCCUCUAGUGUGCGCGCUUAAGAAUGUAUCUUGUCAUGGAAAGCCACUUCGCUCAGUUUCAGCGUCCUUGUUGUGUUCAGCUUUUCUAUUUCGAAUGCACCUACCACAUCAACAUCACAUCUCGAAUGAAGUAAGUUUCAAAAGCUUUUUGCGUUUUCAUGCAAACUUUACAUGAACUGUAAUUCAAAGACAAUUUUAUCUUCAUAAGUAGUAUUUGUUUUUCUGUACUGUAGUUUUCCAAAUCAUACAUCAACAAUAUUACAUUUGAAUAAAACUGAAAUUAAGUAGUAGAAGUAGUAAAUCUUAGGCGCUUUAUAUUGAAACAUGCAGUGGGAGCUUUUUAUGUUACACUUAAAGCCCUCUGAAGCCACUUCCUGGGGAACUCCUCGCUGAGAGUGUGUCACGUCAAACGACAUUCCUUCCCACCGGAUCAAACCUGGGAGCGAUGCCGGUUGGUCAUCCGGCGACCAGCAGCUCCUCUCUCUCCGGAUUCCUACCAGGCCUGAGACGGCUGUGCUCUGGAGCCCACACCCGAACCUGCUGGACACCCUGCGGCCCAUCUUGGUCCAGGCCAUCGUCAUCCGUGAGUGAGGAAUGGAGGGACGCCUCCAGACGCCGCAGCCCCCCAGGGGGUGCAGCUCCCCGGGACCUGCUGGGAAGUCCUGCUGGAGCUUGGAUGCCAGUGUGGCCGUGCUUCUGGUGACCCUGGUUGGAGCUUUAUUCCUGCUGAUGCUUUACAAACUCUUACAGCUGAGACACAGGCUGAUGUUGGCCAGGGCGAGGAACGCGCUGGAAUACUACAGCUUCUACCACUCCGCCACCUACACACUCAAACGCGCUGCGUCGUUUCAGGACGUGCCGACCGAGAAAGUCCUCGUCCCCGAAGCUACACCAUCUGAUCAAAGCGUUACCACGGGGACCUGCGCCGCCAUCAACCCACUUCCGCCCCCUCUGCUGCAUCCUCCGCCCCCACUGCCGCUCCCCCCACACCCUUUCCCGCCUCCCCCGAUGCUCCAGAAUCCCCCCACUCUCACUCUCACCCCUUCCGUCCUGGCCUUCGCCCUCCCGCUGCCUGCGAUCCACACCAACCCGCCGAGUCCUCACCUGUCGUGGGGCGCGUGCUCGGACGCCGAUGUGUACUCUCGGAUCGGAGCGUUCAGGCCCUCCAGGCUCCCCAGCCUGUCCAACCAAUCCAAAGUCAUCCUUUUUGAGCACUCGUCUCUCUGACGACAAAAGGAGGUUAUUUACCCCAAAUAUUAUUUUUUUUCUCAAACUUGUUCUGGAGGUUGGAAAACGCAAUGGCAGUUAUCAGUAGGGCUACAUGUGCUCAUGUGCUACAACACCUUCAGUGAUACAGAAUCACACCGAUCGCUCUUCUGCUGAAUGAUUCCCUUUAGUCCAAGAUCAUUGAGGAUCAUUCCUGUUGCAUAAAAGUCUUACGCAAGGAGGCAGUGGUUAAAUUGGAUAGAAACUAACCAUCCUGAGGGUUUCUUUUUUUAAUUGGGUGUGAAAAACAUUUCCUUAAAUUAUAUUGAAGCCCAGAAAUGGCCAAAAUGACCGGACUUCUCUUAUCUAAUGACUUAUUUAAGAGUGAUUGAUGAAAGAUGAGUUAGUAAUUGAUGACACUGGCGUAGAGAAACCUUAUACAAAGUUCACAUGGUGUAAACUUGGACAAACGAUUUUACUUUAUAAUGCUCCGCAGCCAAAUAUGUUGUUGUGAGAAAGUCCUGAUGUUUGGUGUGUUUGAGUGAGUCCAUUGUUUGUCUAAAUGGGAGCCGUUUCCUCAGUCAGUUUUCCAUGCAGGGUCCCUCCCUUUUUCACACCAUCCUCCGUUUCCUCUGAUUCUCUCGCUGGAGCAGUCUGACUUUGCAUUUCCCUCAGUGGCUUAUAUUAUGACUUAAAAGAUCUUUUUAUAUUCAAUCAACUGUUCCAAUCUCUGACAUGAAUUUUAAAUUGUUCAUUUUUCUUUUUAACAGAUCCCAAAUCACAGUUCAAGGAAGAUAAAACUGAUAAAGCUGCAACGUCUGAAUAAUGUGUUCCUUGUUGACCAGACUCGGACAUAUUCAGAUCCGGCACUCUUUUGUAGAUGUGAGAGCCUGAACGUACACUAACAAGCUGUUAUGUUGCAUUUUUGUCUUUUUAACAUUGUUUGCCCAGCCAGCUUCUCAUUUAUAAUUCAACAAUUUGUAAAUUCAUAAGGGACGCUGCUUUAUUUGCCGCUUUUGUUAUUUUUCGCUGAAAACCGAGACCUUGUGUGCCAUUCCUCCUUAGUCUCUUCUGUAUCUAAGUCCGUUAGUGAGGCCGCUGUCUCCUUACUAAAAGCCAGUUAAUGCAAUCUGUGCAUGUGCCCCAGCAUUGUCUCUUGAUUGGUUGUAAGCUGAGCAGGGAGAGCAUUUGUAACAACAUACAGUUGCUGCAAUUAAAGAGAACAAAGGACGACCACACACGGAUGAAAAUGAAUGUCUUUGCCCUGGUUGACUUUUGGAGUUUAUCUUCUGGGAUGCUCCUCCAGCUCACUUCUGUUCCUUGAUCUGUUAAACAUGGUGAGCUAAUGGCCAGGGUCAACGCUCAGUUCGGUGGUUCGUGUCACUUGAUUAGAGCCGAUGACGUCGUUCUGACCAACAGUAUCAUUGCAAAAGCGUAUGAAGCUCCAACCCAGGUGAGCACUGCUUGCUCCAUCAGCACUUUGCGAUUGUUUAACCCGUGCGUACAUGGCUGCGUUUAGUUGACGCUGUUUCCAUGUUCCUGAAAUAAAUGUAAAGAUAGAUUUCUUUGAAAGUUGACACAGUGGAGGCUCUUAAGUCUUAUCCUGACUCCCUAUCAAUGACUUUGUCCCAGAAGCACUUGACUCAAAUUGCAGUCUUGGUAAUUGCAUCUGUCCUCUUCUCAUCUCCUGAGAGGAAAUGGGAUUUUUUUUCAAAUUUUCCGUCAGUGUCGUGUCCCCUCCGUGCCUCCAAAACAACUUAUUUGCUUGUUGCUGAGUGCUGUGAAGUGGAGGCGAAACGACUGACGUUUUGAAGCCUCGGGUUUGGUCAUUACGCCUCCCCCAUCCAUAGUUUGGCCCACAUCACUCAUCAACCACAGAAUGCUUACUAUAUUCAGAAUGCUGAAUCGUGGCAUACAGACUGGUCUAUUCUACUGUCAAUGGACCAUGAUGUACUCAAUGAACAUUGCGCUAUGUUAAGGAAACUUUGAAGGUAGUAAUUAUAAAUAAAUAAAUAAAUAUUUAAAUAUUUACAAUGUUUACUGAGGUAAGAAUUCAAGUGAGAAUUUAGGUUUAAAUUCUGAUUGACUUUUAAUCAGAUGAAUAUGCACAGGCCGAUAAACAUCUCUCUCUUUUAAUUGAUGUUUUGGUAUUUUAUAGUGUGUGAUGUUAUUUAAGGAACUGAACACAAUGGGUUAAUGAACAAAUCUACUGUUGGAGAGAUGCUCAUCUAUCAUCACAGUCCCAAAAUAUUUUUAAUUUCUCUGCAUUUGUGUCUCCUAUGUGAGGUUUUUAAACUGGAAUUGGACAGAUAAUUGUCAGCGAGAUGACGCUGAUGAAGCUUCCUAUGCUAAUUACAUCCAGGAUAGAGCUACUGUGUUUUAGACAGAACAAACAGUGACGGUAGUUUAGUGUGUUCAGCGAAAUACUUCUAUAAUCAAUGGAAAAACAGAUACUAAUUUGGCCAGAGACAGCAUGAAUGUGGCCUAAGGCACAGCCCCAUAGAUAUCAGUUCUUCUCUAAAGGCUUUAUAUAGGUCAAAUUGAUUUAGUAAAAAAAAAAUUGAGAGUUUCUGGUGUGAGCUAGUUGGUACGUUGGCUGUUUGAAGCAGAUAAACACAAACUGCAAAAAACACUGGUAAAAUGUGGUAAAAAACAAAAGGCCAAAUUGUGCUUCACAUACUGUUGAAGCACAAGGGACCAGAGCUAAAGAUGUUAAGAUUGUCCUGAAUGUAGUGCGAGUGGAAAGGUUAUGAGCUUAUUAAUUCUGACCUUCAACUGCAAAAUGUAUGGAAUGGCCACAAUCUGCCCAAACAACAUUACUGUCCUGCUGCAGUAAGUCAAACACAAACGCACCCUCAAUUCUCCAAUGAAGCAUAUUUUGUGCUGGUUAGUGUGUCUACUAGAAGGUGAAAACACUUGUUCCCAUUUGUAUAGACAGUAAAUGAACAUGUGCUAAAUGAAUGUCUCACUAUUGUGGUUAUGAGAACAUGCAAGUGUUGAGAAUAGCAGCCUCUUGUGGCCACAGGGGAAGCAUUGCUGUAUAAACAUAAAAUGUAAGUAAAACAAUUGUAAGGCUAUAAAGUAUAACAUAUCAAUUGUUGUCCUAUAGUGUGCAAAAUAUAUAAAACUGUAUAAAACAAUAUAUUUGUGGCUGGCUAAUGUUGGCUAUUAAAACAAAUUAAAUACUGUGAUAUUGUUAUUUUUAUGGGUAGCAGAUUGCCACUGAGGAGAGCAUAUUCAUUUAUAACAUUUUGUAUGCUUUUAUUUGUUAAUUAUGAGCCUUACAUUUUGGCUGAAGUAGCUCUGAGUAGUUUGGCAGCCACCAUCAUUUCAUUACUGUCAAUUGUUCAGGAAAAAGUGACUGGCUUUGAACUCAGAGGGUCACCAGAACUAAAAAAAAAUGUAACUGAGUCG